AUGCCAUCUGCUUAUCAUUAUCCACCGAACGCGCCUCAGUCAAUGACAAUGCAGAUGGCCCUGGACGACGAUACCCCACUACCUCCUAUACGUCCUCAUCAUACGCCGGAGCUUCCGCUUUCCACUUCCCAACUCCCUUCGAAGCCCCCAAGGCCAAUCAGAAAGGACUCAGCGUCAACAUCGCCCACACCAACGGACCAGAACGAUAAAGUUCAAUGCGCGGCAAUGACCAAGGCGAAGAAGCGUUGCACCCGCUUUGUGAAGACACAGGCCAUGGGCGAUAACCAAGAUCAAGAUUCUCCAGAUUUGCCAAGGUAUUGCUAUCAGCAUAAGAAGGAAGUCCUUCAGAACGAUAAAGUUCAAUGCGCGGCAAUGACCAAGGCGGAGAAGCGUUGCACCCGCUUUGUGAAGGCACAGGCCAUGGGCGAUAACCAAGAUCAAAAUUCUCCAGAUUUGCCAAGGUAUUGCUAUCAGCAUAAGAAGAAAGUCCUUCAGAACGAUCAAUUUCAAUGCGCGGCAACGACCCAGGCGGAGAAGCGUUGCAUCCGCAUUGUGAAAACGGGCGCAGCACUGGCACAGGCAACUGGCGAUAACCAAGAUCAAGAUUCUCCAGAUUUGCCAAGAUAUUGCUGGCAGCAUAAGAAGAAAGUCCUUCAGCCCGGUGGUUAUUACUCAAAGAAAAACGGGGAGUGGGUGAAAUUUGAUGAUUGGAUUCCACAAUACCUCCAAGCGGAAACGCGGGCGGCCCUUCGAGAUGAAAUGCAGAAAUCGAGGUCUUCGUCCGAUGUUCCGGGGUACAUUUACACUUUUGAGAUUCGUGAACCUUCCCAGAACAAAACCAUAAAGCUCAAAGUGGGACAAACAGUAAAUCUAGGAAAGAGGAUUGACCAAUGGGGGAGACAAUGCAGUUCAAAGGAGCAGAUAUUGAGAGGAUUUUAUCCUAGAGUUGUGGAAUCUGAUGAGGACGGAGGAGAAGGAAGCCUUAUGAAGGGCCAAGUGAAGGCAGGAGAAAAAGCAGCGUGGUGUCACCGCCUGGAGCGUUUGAUCCACCUAGAGCUUGCUGACCUAGUUGCCACUUGCGUAUACCUUGACCCAGAGUGGCUAAAUGUUGACUGCAGUUCAAAUGAAGACACAGCAACGCGCAAGAAGAGCAAACAGAAGAAGAAUAGUAAUGCGCGGCCGUGUCCGGAUUGUCGGAGCGUUCACAAAGAAAUUUUUGAGUUUGAAAGGUGGAAACGGGGGAAGAACACAGGGAAAGAAUGGGAGCUUGUCGUGAAGCCUGUCGUCGAGCGAUGGGGUAAAUUUGUGGAACUGUAUGUGUGA